AUGGUCGCCGCCGCGGGGCUCACCCUUUGCGAGCGCCUGGGGGACUUCAGCGCCGUGGCACUGUCGGAGCGGAAGCGGGACCCGCUGAACCAACUGGCCAGCCGGGAGCGCCUUGUGGCGUCGCGGUUUCGCUUCUCCAGGGGUUCUUGGUACUUCGACCGCAAGGAGACCUGCGACAUCUCGGACCUCCGCGAGGUGCGGCAUGUGGCGAACAUCCGCUCUGUGGUGCUGGUGGCCGAUGUGUCCGACGUGGCCGCUGAGGCGGUGCCCGCUGAGGCACUUGCUGAGCGUUUAGUGGAGGCGGCUGACUGGAAUCAUGCCCUGCAGGAUCUGGGCCAAUUGAGCUGCUCAUUGCGCACCUGUCGGGUGGUGGCGCGGAAGCUCCGAAAAAUGGACGGCCCAAAGCUGGCACAGGAGCUCAGCCGGUGCCUGGCGAAGCGCUUCGCCUGGCGCGUGCAGCGGCCCGGAAGGACGGCGGACGUGACGGUGCACGCGAAGGUGAAGUCGGGGCGGCUUUUGCUGGAGGUGGCCCUGCUGAAGCACGGCAAGGCGGUGCUGGGCGGAGGCUGGCCGCACCAGGCCAUGGGCCAUGUGGAGGCCUGGGCCAUGGCGGCAGCGCUGCGGAUCCGGCCAGGAGACGUCGUGCUGGAUCCGAUGUGCGGCAAGGGCAGCUUGCUACUGGAGGCAGCCACCUGGUUCCCAGACGCCACCUUCCAGGGCUGCGACCUGGACAAGUCGCAGCUGAAGCUUUGCCGCCAGAACUUCCGGUGGUUGGGCCGAAAGGCCGUCCUGAAACGGGGCGACGUCACGCGGCCUUUUGGCAUCCCCUGCCGCGACAAGUCUGUGGACAAGGUGGUGACGGCGCCGCCCUGGAACCGCCAGUUCCGAGUGAAAGGCGACUUGGAGGACUUCUAUCGCAAGAUGUUCCAGGAGAUCUUCCGCGUCUUGCGGCCCAAGGGGCGCCUGGUGCUACUGGCUUCUGGCGGAGUGGUCCGGCGCUGCCUCUCGCGAGCGCUGGAUGCGUCCCAAGUCGCGGCCGUCGCUCGGCGUGCCUCGGUCACGGCUGAGCGCCGGUUCCGCCUGUCGCCGGCCAUCGAGGGGCUGAUCCUCGUGCUGGACGUCGCGGACACGGCAGUGCCAGCUGCGCCCGAGCCACCUGCCCACCUCGCGAACUCCACCAGACGCAUCUAUGAUCACUGGCGGCUUCUCCGCGCUCAACGCUUCCCUCCGCUGGAGUCCUGCGUGGAGCCACCACAAACGUGGUUGGCACGCUUGUGGGAGUGGCUGACGAGCAGGUGAGAGGCCGUAGCCUGCAGACAGGGUUGGAGGACCAUGGCGCACCUUGGGUCAGGGGUCUCUAUAUUUCCC